GUGGAUGGUGUGGCUUAUGGAGAAGACUUUUGCUCCAGGCUUUUCAGGAACUGUAUCCUUACCUCAAGUUCCACAGAGGAAAGCACUGGAGGCCAGUGAGCUGGAAUGUGGUUCAAAUAUCAAGGGUUCUGCACAGAGAAGAUUGGGCAGGAUCAUAGCUGUGGACGGCCGACGAUAUCUUUCAGGGGAGCGCGUCUCUCCCAUUGGCCGAGAGGACGCAUCGUCUACCAUUGGCUUGAGGUCUCGCCAGCGCAAUCCCCAGAGACAACCACGACCCCGAGACACAAUAAGCUGUUUUUGCUGUUCAAAUUAGUAAAAAAGAAAAAAAAAACAACGACAACAAACCGUUUUUUUAAAAACGAAAACAAGAAAAAUAACUCUGCAUUUUUGCAAUUCAUUUCUGCAUUUUUGCUCUGAUUUUUUAUUUCGUUUGCACUUUAGCGGAUCACGUAAGUAAACAUAUUUUAUCCCUUUCUGUCUUGUCUUUAAAAUAUGCAUAAUAUAAGCGUUUCAGAUGUGUAAUGCAUGUAGAGGCGGUGGGAGAAAUAAUGGGGGUAAAACUGAUCCGUUCAGUAAGUUGAGAGGACGCUUGUCCCGCCUAAAACAGAUUUCAGUAUUAAAAGUACUGAUUCAUUCAUGAUUUUUAUGGACUUCGCUUAGUUAUUUUUAUUAUUGUUUAUUUUUGAAAUAUGUGUAAUGCAUGGAGAAUGCUGAUCCGUUCGUUUGACCCUUUACUCAAUGUCCGUUUUCUUCUGCGAAUAAUCAACAAACUAUUAAAAGAAAAUUUAAUUCGUUUAAAAACUAUUUUAACAAGUAUAAAAGAAUCCUUUGAUUUGAGAAAAUCUGAUGGAUCAGCUAAAUUUUUAUUUUGUGUAUGCCAAUUAAUAAUGUACAUUUUCCAUAAAUAUUUAUUUUGUGUCUGGGUUUUUCAGUGCAUUGUUUAUCAUAACAUCAGGUGCAUUGCUUUACUGUUGCAGGAUGGAAAGCAAACCCAACCUGCGUUUGGAGGCUGGAGAGCUGGUGCUGAGGGCAUCUCAGGGGGCACUCACUGUGGAGAAACUCCAUCUUUCUCAGGUGUCCAAAGGAGUGCCCUUUGUGCCUAAAGAGCCUGAGGCUGUGCUGGGGAGGCCAAGGUCAGGGUUAUCCGAGGUGGAGGGGAUCCCUUUGAUGACCUGCUGCUGGCAAGUCAAAGCGCCAUGCAGUUUGGUCAAUACAGGGGGAAAACCUUCAAAUGGAUGCUGGAAAACGACCUUGGUUACUCCAUCAUGGUCCUGUCUGGGCAUCAGUGGGAGCGCGAGGCUGGCAGACAGGACAGAGGUGCCCUCAUGGUCAACAAGGAUGCCUUUCUCCAGUAUGCCUGCUCAUUCAAGAUGCUUGCAGAAGCCAUCAAAGUGCGCAGGCAGAGAGAGGGCACCUUACCUGGCUGUGAGGGUGACUGUCUGGUGGGCUUUGGGAUGCACAAGAAGAGCACCUACCAGGAGCUCUAUGAGGCUACGGACAGGGAUAGGAAAAGCUACGUGAGGUUCAUCAGGCGCCAGGACACCAAAGCAGGCAGCAAGAUGGAUGCCCUAAAGAAAUACAUCCUGGGGAGGGACCAGCAGAACAUCAUGGCUUUAGGGGAAAAAGAAACAUCUACUGCAUCCCAGCCUGUUGUCCCGCGCCCUUCACGUCCGGCUUCUCCUCCUCCCACCCAAAGCUGGCAUUCCCAGCCAGCUACAGAACACGAGCCAACAGAUGAUGAUCUGCUAGCUUCAGCCAUGGAGGUGGAGACACAGGUACUUCCACCACCUUCCACGCCGAUCCAGCUCACCUCGCUUGGCCCCUCAAAGUCUGGUUGUUCUCCCCAGGCCUGGAAGCGCUCCUUCCUAAAGAACAGCACGCAGUGGAUCGGCCGCUCCCUCUUCCGACAACAGGGUGGAAAGGCAGUGCUGACUGAUAACCUGCAGAUGUGGUGGUACCCUCCCCAGCCACGUCUGCAGUAUCAUCAGCCUCCAGCAUCGCCAGACAUGUUCUUCACCUGGCCGCUGUGUUUGUGGAUGCCCUACAGGAUGUGGUCCUACAAGCUGAUCUGCAGCUUGCCAAACUGCAGGCGGUCCGGUCAGCGACUGACAUCUUGUGGGCUCUACAAGACAGUGAGGCGGGUGCUGAAUAUACACGGCUGGUAUUUUCUGGCAACAGAAUACCUGGAGUGUCAGCGCUGCCAUAAGAAGCAGGCCGCAUGGUCAUACGACAUCCUGGACCAGCUGGAUCCGGCUCACCGCAGGAUGUUCCCAGCUAUCCUCACUUACCGGUUCUCUUGUGAUAUGCAUGUGGCUAAGUUGAUGAGGGAGCGAUCUCUCGGCAACAGUGCCUCUAUGUUAUAUCACAAGCUAUGUGAACAGCAUAGUGAGGACUGGAUGGAGAGGUCCCUGCAAUACCUCUCUGUGUGUAAGCGGUUCCUGGGCACCACCACGCGACCCAUCACACCACCACCCAUGCCGCCUGUACCGACCGCCAGGUGGCUCCUCUACGUCCACGCGGAGGAUGUCCGGGCCCGGUAUGGUGAGCUCAAAGCCAGGGUCACCUCUGUCUUUGGGUCCAUCCUGAAGAUGGACUCCACAAAAAAGGUGGUCAAAAAACUGGCGGGAGCUGCAGCUGGGACCGCAGCCUGGGUCACAAAUGUGGGCAAUGAGCACGGACAGGUCCUCAUGUCUGUGCUCACCUCACAUAAGGGUCAGGGACUGCUGCCCAUGACCACAGGCCUGCCACCCGCUCUACGGUCUGUUCAUGGCAAAGCUCUCUGCCUGCAUUUUCAUCUGGGACGAGGGAGAUGUGGCCCUGCUGAGGGAGGCCAAAAGGAGGGAGCUGGAGCAACAGCAGGGCAUCACAGGCCUCACAGAGGAGCAGCUAACCAGCAGGCUCACCUCCAGACAGCUGGCGCAGCACUGUCGCCGCUGCACACGUGGUGUGGAGGCGACAGAGAAGCUGAUCGGACAGAUGCUGGUGGCCUUCAAGGACGCCAGGGAAACCAUGGGCAUCCCCUUGGUGGACCAGGAGAGGAUGGACGUCAUUUGGGGCACCCAAAGGCGGCAUCUUCCUUGUAUCCAGGACCCCCUGGAGUGCAGCUGUACACCCAGACAGGAAGUAUAACAAAGGGAGGGCUCACACUUCCUGUCUACCGCUGCGCUCGGGGGUCCACUUCCCUGGAGUCCUUCCACAACCACCUCAACCGCUUCAUACCCGGAACUAGCGCUAACCUGGAAAAUUUCCAGGCUUAUCUGCUUGAGGGUUUGGAGCGGUGGAAUGAGGACCGUGCUGCUGCUGCCUUCGGGCAUGAGGCCCCAUCAUCGCUGCGCUGCUAUGGUGCCUCGCUCCAGCACAGCCUCAAUGAGCUCAGUCAGGAUGUUCUUGGUGUCAGUCUUGUACAAGACUACUCCAAGCCAAGACAGUACACAGGCGAGCUCAUCGGGGUGGAGUACCUGUGCUCGCAGCAGUCCUGGGAGUUUAGGGAUGAAUUUGGGAGGGACCCAGAUGCCCUAGACGGAGUCCCAGACAACUUGGUGGAGGUGGAAGAUGAGGGAUUUGUGGAUGAGGUCGAGGAGCAGGACCACACCAUCUCUCAUCUUUCUUUGCUGUCCACCAAGGAAGCAAUAUGCUUGUCUCGGGAUGUACCGUCACCCUCUCAGUCCUCCCAGGACCUGCCACUGGAGCCCCAUGAAGAGGUGUGCAGAGGACCAGAUGGCACUCCAGGGUUUGAUCGAGUGGUGGAGCUGGCCAGGUACCUUGUCGAGCUUAGGGAAAAGCCUUGUGUCUCAGAUAGGGAAGCUGCUGACAUUGUCCGGCUGUGGGACAGACUGCCGGACAGUGACAAGCAAGGGGUUUCCUAUCCGUCGAGGCACAAGGACAGACUUCUGCAAGGCAGGUUCAAGGCCACACACUCGAAAACCUCAACCUGUCUUGGAAAGGAGAGCCUGAAGCGGUGUGUGCUGGGACAGGGGUCAGGCCCUGCGCAAUGGCCCAAUAUUAGUAGGAUUGUGGAGGCAGUAUGUCUGGAGCUCUGCUCCAUUCAUCCAGCGGGGAAGGUGAAGUGGGGCGUUUCUAUGAACCGCUGGGCUGCCAUUCUGCAUGACUACCAGGCCAUACGGAGGCUGGUAGGGAACUGCUCUACACUUAGGGGAAAAACGAAGAUUCAGCUCUUUGAUAUCAAUCAGCGGACGCUUUCUGUCUGGUACAAUAACUACUGUAAGAAGCUGGAAGUGGAUGUGCUGGCUCUGAGUGUGCCCUUACCUCAGAUCAGCAUGGUGUCUCACACCCCGCUUCCAGCAGCCAAACAGAAAGCGUUACUGCAUACUGAGUCUGGGACAGAACUUCCACCCUUCCCCUUUGUUGAGAACCCUGACAUGUCAGGUCAGGCCACACGACGUGGGCAAAGACCUCCUCACCCUGCACCAACACUGCCAGCAGAAGCUCCCUCUGUUCCUCCGGCAGCCGCUCCCUCUGCUCCUCCGGCAGCCGCUCCCUCUGCUCCUCCGGCAGCCGCUCCCUCUGCUCCUCCGGCAGCCGGUCCCUCUGCUCCUCCGGCAGCCGCUCCCUCUGCUCCUCCGGCAGCCGCUCCCUCUGCUCCUCCGGCAGCCGGUCCCUCUGCUCCUCCGGCAGCCGGUCCCUCUGCUCCUCCGGCAGCCGGUCCCUCUGCUCCUCUGGCAGCCGCUCCCUCUGCUCCUCCGGCAGCUUCAAUAACAUCCUUGAGCAGAACAACUCUGUGGAGGAGGAGGAAGGCAGCAGAGAAGUUAGCUCAAGAGCAAGGGCUGCCCCGUCCCCAGCAAAGUCCACGUAAAGACUACACGUGCGGUCAAUGUGGGCAGCCCAGAAAAAAAGAGUUUGGGCACACCAGGGUGGGCAGCUUUUUCUACUGUGCCACAGCAGAGGGAAAGACUGUGGAAGAGUUGCAGCAAGAGAGAAGAGAUGAUGGAAAUCCUUAAUUGUAGAUAUUUAUUUGUAACUGUGUGAAUAUUUAUUCACUGUACAUAUUUGUUUGUAAAUGUGUGAAUAUUUAUUCACUGUACAUAUUUAUUCACUGUACAUAUUUGUUUGUAAAUGUGUGAAUAUUUAUUCACUGUACAUAUUUAUUCACUGUACAUAUUUAUUUGUAAAUGUGUGAAUAUUUAUUCACUGUACAUAUUUAUUCACUGUACAUAUUUAUUUGUAAAUGUGUGAAUAUUUAUUCACUG